AUGAAGCCUGUCCUUGGAGUUGGGGCCCAUAUAAGGUCAGCAAACAUAGCAACGGCUGAUAUCAAAAGGACUAAAAUUCAUGCUCAAAGGAAAUUUGCUCAGGGCUCCCUUCCAUCAACACCAAAUACAACUCCAAACAAAGCCAAAAUGUCUCCCCUUUGCCUCCCCAAAAGAGCCAAAACUGAGGACUUUCUCACUUUUUUAUGCCUAAGAGGCAGCUCAGUUUUGCCAUCACAUCUGGACUUUUUUAACUACACAAACAAAGACUCCGCUUCCGGAGGAGAGAAUAGUCGACCACACACCCCUGCCAGUAAUUGUAAACAGCAGCUCAAUUCGUCUUCCUCUCGUGCUCAAACACGCGAGAGUUCACCACUUUCCACGGCGACAAGUACCAGUAGCAAUGAUGAUGUCGCUGAUGUAUUGCCUUCAUUUCAUGAAAUCCAGAUAUCUGCCUACAUGAAUGGUGUAGGUGUCAGUAAGUCGAAACACAAGAAACUGUUGAAAGUCACCAAAUCCCAAUUGGAUGAAGUUCUGUCAAAUAAUUCCCCAGGAAUUAAAAAACCCAAGGCUGUUCGUUGUCUUCAAACACCAAAUCGCCAGGCAGCUCGUGCCUGUGCCAGCACUCCAGAAACAGCCCGAGGUCUCGCAGCUAUGCAACAGCAAAAUUUGGUCAAGAAGGUUGCAGGUAAACUUGGCGCCAAACUAGGGCUGUCCGCUUCUUCAAGGCUACGGUCAACACAGAACAGCUCUCCCAAUAAAAAGACUAUUAAAGCCAAAAUUCCUCAACCUAAGACCUCAGCUCGGAAUGAAAUGCAUGUAAAUGAUCUCCGAAACAAGAAGCGUUCACCUGGACGGCCUCCGCUCAAGCGUAAACUAAAAGAGAGGGGCACACGUGUGAAAACUGCAUCAGUGCAUAUUAUACCUGAAACUAAGAAACGCACAGUUGUUGUGAGAAGCGGUAAACCAGGUGUUUUACGAACCCUAACUAAGAGCCAGAAUAGUAACUACACUACUAGCGCCCAAUCACAGAAAGCGUUCUGCAAGACCAAUGCUCACAGUAAACCAGUCCGAACUGCCACUCUUCUGUCUCACAGGAACCACACUAACUCAGUCUUACCUGUAGUGCCUUUGCGGAAAUUGUCUGAAAAUUUGCCGAACUGUCAAAAGGUUUCUCAGAGAGGCAACAACAAACUGCCAUCUCGUCCGGUCAGAAAAUUGCAAAAGAAAGUGUGGAAGCAGAAUCACUCUGCUGAUGGUCCCCUAUCACCCACUCCAGAGCAGUUGUCCAAAAAACGCCCCCGGCGUGAGGUCAACCCUGCUUCCAGCAACCGACUGCAAAAAUCCCGUUUGGGAGCUCAUUCCCAUUCAGAUCCUGAACCACGGAUCCAGCCCUCUCGCUUCUCUAAACGUUUAUCUUUACAGUUAGCGCAAAGGGCAGCUAUGCAAGAGGAACUUGAAAAUAAGAUAAAGCCUCCUGCUCCAAAGAAGACAAAAUUGGCUGAGCCAAUGACUGCAGCUUCCGUUUCCACUGCCCCUGUUCUCCAGCCAGUGUCUUCAACAGUGCCAUCCCUACCUCAUUUGUUCUCCUCUCCAACUCCUUCUUCAUUGGUGGCCACACAAACCUCUUCUCUCUCUGUGAACUCCAAGGACCAGUUCCAGGAUCCGUUGGCCUAUAUAGAGUCAAUCAAGAAAGAAGCUGAACCUUACGGCAUGUGUAAAAUAGUUCCACCUUCUUCCUGGAAGCAUGAAAGUCGAAUCAAUGAAGAAAUGAGGUUUACCAGUCAAGUGCAAUACAUAAAUCGAAUGUUUAAUCGAUGGGGACCAAAUGUGCAGCAUGUGGAAUGUAUACAGAAGCAUCUGGCCUCUGUUGGAAUUGAACUGGUCCAGCCUCCUUUGAUUGGAGGUGUUGAAUUGGAUUUAUCACGGCUUCACCAAAGCAUCAAAGAGCAAGGUGGUAUGCAAACAGUAAUGGACAAGAAAAAAUGGAGCAAGGUUGCAGACAUGGUUAAAAUUCCAAAACAAGCUCAGGAUAGGACAACUAAGCUGUACAAUGCAUACUGCAAAUAUCUACUGUCAUAUGAGAUGCUUCCUGAAGAGGAGAAAGCCAAACUUCUGCAGCAAGUCACAGAAGAAAGGAAUCAACGGUUACAGCAGCGACAGAAUAAAGUUUGCCAUCAACUCAAUGAAGAUGACGGACCCAAUAAAUGCAUAGCCAAGGGUAAAUCUACAUCAGUAAAUGCUUUUCAGAGGGUGGCUCGUAAUAUACAGUCAAUGUGGUUCCGUGAAGACCCUACCCCAGAACAAGUUGAGUCAGAAUAUUGGAAGAUAGUUCAAGAUGCUUCAGCUCAUGUUACCGUACAGUGUGGCUACAUAAACUCAGGAAACCAAAGCACUUUCCUUCCAAACAAGAAGGAAAGCCCUUCUACCAAACAUGGCUGGAACUUUAACAUGUUAUCUCAGAAUCCAUUAUCAGUAUUAAGACAUCUGGGACCAGUUCCAGGUGUUACAUUGCCUAUCCUCCAUAUUGGAAUGCUCUUUACAACAUCCUGUUGGUCAGUCAACAGACACAACCUGCCCUACGUACAUUACCUUCAUUCAGGGGCUGAUCUCAUUUGGUACUCAAUUCCAAAGCAACUGAAGCAUAAAUUAAAAAAUGCCAUGAAGGAAUUGGUUCCAGGCCGAAUUGGUAAUGGGGAAGCUUGGCUCAAAGAAGAUGCUGUCAUGAUAAAUCCUGAGCUGCUAGUUGAAAAAGGUGUCUCAGUUGGGCGUAUCAUACAGAAACAACACCAAUUUGUUGUGGUGUUCCCAUAUACCUACACCUCUUCUCUGACAUGUGGCUACAGUGUCUCCGAGUGCCUCCCCUAUGCUACACCUGACUGGUUGCCUCUCGGACAAGCUAUAGCUCAGGUUCUACGUAGGAAUUGUUUAUGGCCUGAAAUGUUCUCACUUGAUUCUUUGCUACGUCGUAUUGUGAAGGCAGAACCUGCUGUAAGUGAUGAAUUGUUAACCCAAGCACUGCCAUUCUUGGAGAAAGCAAUAGAACAUGAACUCUCUUUGCGGAAACAACUUUAUGAUGCUGGUCUGAAAAAUGCCAAAAAGAUGAAUGCCAAUGAACCUUUGGUGCCAUCUUCUCCAAAACGUAGACGCCUUAAUGAUGGAGAAGAAGAAAAUAGGUGUGAAGUGUACAAAAGGAUUUGUUACUUUUCAAUGGUUGUGAAUGAAGUGGAUGAUAGCUUAUACUGCCUUGAUCAUGCCCUUUCUCAUAUCCAGAAAAAACGCAACCUCAAAGCCUGUCGACUCUAUUACAGAUACUCAGAUGAAGAUCUUCAAGAAUUGCUGAAGAAUGCUUCCAGUCGGUUGAACUCCAAAGAGCCAGGGACAGCGAUCACUGACUCUAGUCCAAAGCGAAAGUCAACGAAAGUUCUCUCUCUCUCUCUCUCCACAUUUCUCUCUCUUCCUUUGUCUCUCAGCUCUUUCUCUUUGUCUCUCAGCUCUUUCUCUUUGUCUCUCAGCUCUUUCUCUUUGUCUCUCAGCUCUUUCUCUUUGCCUCUCAGCUCUCUCCUUUUUUUUUCUCUCUCUCUCCUUUUUUUUUCUCUCUCUCUCUCUCCUUUUUUUCUCUCUCUCUCUCUCUCCUUUUUUCUCUCUCUCUCUCUCUCCUUUUUUUUUCUCUCUCUCUCUCCUUUUUCUUUUUUUCUCUCUCUCUCUCCUUUUUUCUCUCUCUCUCUCUCCUUUUCUCUCUCUCUCUCUCUCUCCUUUUUUUCUCUCUCUCUCUCCUUUUUUCUCUCUCUUUCCUUUUUUUCUCUCUCUCUCCUUUUUUCUCUCUCUCCUCUCUCUCUCUCCCUCUCUCUCUCCUUUUCUCUCUCUCUCUCCCUUUUUUCUCUCUCUCUCUCCCUUUUUUCUCUCUCUCUCUCCCUUUUUUCUCUCUCUCUCUCCCUUUUUUCCCUCUCUCUCUCUCCCUUUUUUCCCUCUCUCUCUCCCUUUUUUCUCUCUCUCUCCCCUUUUCUCUCCCUCUCUCCUUUCUCUCCCUCUCUCCUUUCUCUCUCUUCUUUCUCUCUCCUUUUCUCUCUCAUCUCUCUCUCCUUUUCUCUCUCAUCUCUCUCUCUCCUUUUCUCUCUCAUCUCUCUCUCUCUCCUUUUCUCUCUCUCUCCUUUUCUCUCUCUCUCCUUUUCUCUCUCAUCUCCCUCUCUCUCCUCUCCUCUCACAGAAAAAUGUUAG